AUGUUAAUCAAUCUGAAAUUUAAAAAUAAUGGUCCAUCUCAAAUUCAAUUGUCAAAAAUUAAUUUUAAAAUAAUCAAAGUAUUUUCAAUAAAUGUCUUGCUUCUGAUUGGAAUUAAGGCAUAUUAAUAAUAUAAUUGAAGAUAAAAUUGAUUAAACAGCAACUUUUGAUUUUCUAAGUUUAAAGUAUAAUAUAAUAAAAGAUACCUAUUAGUAAUUUAAAAGUAUUUUUUAGAUAUUAUGCUUCCAUUUUUCCUAUAUUUGAUGUUUGGGCAAUCCCUUGAUAAAUAUGGCAGCAAUUCUUCAAAAAAGUAUUAUUGACUGGUUA